AUGGCUCUGCGGCCUCCUGGGGAGGCCCUGCCCCAAGAUCAGGCGUGCUACCCGCCGGAGAAGCUGCACAACAGCCCCCCAGAACUGUCCGCCUACUACGCGCCCUUCCCACCCUACGGCUACUAUGCCAACGGCCUGGCAGCACCUGGGCACAGCUCGCAGUCCUUCCCGCACUUGGAGGCGCCUCCAAUUCUGCCCCCCUUCGCCUACCGCAACGCACCCCCUUUGCUGAACCCCGUCCUGGCGCUCCCGACGGAGCCCCUUUACGACCCGACCUGGUACAGCAAGCUGCCACCCUGCUAUCCGCUGCCCCAGCACCCGAGCGAGGUACCUCACUUUUCGGGGGGCUGCGAAAACUUGGGGCCACCCGGUGCCAGCAGCCAGGGUUAUGCAGCACCCGAAGCUUUCCAUGUUGCACCCCCGGCUCCUAUAGAAGCUCCCCAAGUCCCAGAAGGGAGGAAGACGGUCUCCCAGUCCUCUGGCUCUCCUGGUCAGCGGGCAGAGGAGGCCCCCAAAUUCCAGAACCCCGAAGGGAUGCCGGUCCAUCGUUAUCACUUCACGCAAGACGAUCUGCACUUGGUUCUCUAUGGGGUGGUCCCCAGCUCGGAUGUCUCUGAUCGCCUUCAUCAUGCCAUUUCUGGCCUCUUUGUACCCACCACCGGGAGCUCAGGUUCUGAGUCUUUGCCUCAAGCUCUGGAUAAAAAUUCUCUGCAAAUACCAGAAGGUCUCUGCCUGAGGCAGACGAAGUUUGGAGAAGUGCCACAUUUUGGUGUUUUCUGCACAAGUAUCAUGGCCAAAGGAGUCAGGUUUGGGCCUUUUCCGGGGAAAGUGGUCAAUGCCAAUGAAGUUAAAACCUAUGGAGACAAUUCUCUGAUGUGGGAGAUAUUUGAAAAUGGUCAACUGAGCCACUUCAUAGAUGGCAAAGGGGGUGCCGGCAACUGGAUGUCCUAUGUCAACUGUGCCCGAUUCCCCAAGGAGCAGAACCUCGUGGCGGUGCAGUGUCAAGGACAAAUUUACUAUGAAAGCUGCAAGGAGAUCUAUCAGAACCAGGAGCUCCUGGUGUGGUAUGGCGACUGCUACGAGAAGUUUCUAGACAUUCCCGUGAGCCUUCAGGUGAUGGAGCAGAAGAAGCAGGUGCCCGGGACCUCGGAAGAAUCUGCUGAAGGUUACAGAUGUGAGAGUUGUGGAAAAGUAUUUACUUACAAGUACUACCGAGAUAAGCACCUCAAGUACACUGCCUGUGUGGACCAGGGUGAUAGGAAGUUUCCCUGCUCUCUCUGCAGCCGCUCCUUUGAGAAACGAGACAGGCUCCGCAUCCAUAUCCUUCAUGUUCAUGAGAAGCAUCGGCCUCACAAGUGUUCUACAUGUGGAAAAUGUUUCUCUCAGUCUUCCAGCCUAAACAAACACAUGAGAGUCCACUCUGGAGACAGACCCUACCAGUGUGUAUAUUGUACAAAGAAAUUCACUGCCUCCAGUAUUCUCCGCACACAUAUCAGGCAGCACUCUGGGGAGAAGCCCUUCAAGUGCAAGUUCUGUGGUAAAUCUUUUGCAUCCCAUGCUGCCCAUGACAGCCAUGUCCGCCGCACUCACAAGGAGGAAGAACUCAGACCCUGUGGCAUCUGUGGAAAGACGUUUACAGAGCAAGAAGCAUUUUACUCUCACAUGAAGUCUCAUGAAGACUGCACAUCCUCUGAGAAAAUAAUCGACUACUGCAGAAUUGUAGAAUCUCUGUAUUUUGGAGGGGAAAUAAUACAACCCACCAUUCACCAGUUUUGUGAUGUAUCAGCUUCCAAGUGGAUACAACAGGUCUGCUCUUGUAUUGAAAAUAGAAAUUUAGAAGCUAAAACAGAAGAAGUUCUCACUCUUGGCUUUGUUCUCUGGAUCUGGGACAGUGUUACAAACAGUUCAGGGUCUCUUUUGAGGCAGGUCUAUAAGGAAGUUCUGCUACAGAAUGUCAAGAUGAGAGCUGGGCAGAGGAACCCUGAACUGUGA